AUGGGCCAACAGAGCUAUGAGGAGGUUUUGAGAUCAACGCGCGGGAAGAUUCUCCCCGAGAAUCAUCCGCUGACCAUCAUGGUGAACCGCGUGCUCCGCAGAUUGAUACCGCAAGCGCCGAUUGAAGGCGCAGAUUGGAGAGUUCAUGUCAUCAAGGAUGACGGUAUGGUCAAUGCUUUUGUUUUGCCUGGUGGGAAAGUGUUCGUCUACACAGGCAUUCUGCCAAUUUGUAAAGACGAGGAUGGGCUUGCAGCUGUAUUGGGCCACGAAAUCGCUCACGUCGUCGCGCAUCAUCCGGCAGAACGCAUGAGCAACAACAUCCUGACAGUUGGAGCGGUAUUCCUUAUCUCCAUGCUAUUUGACAUUUCAGGCCAGAUUCCUUCGCUACUGCUCAACCUAAUGUACAGCUUGCCUAAUUCGAGAACACAAGAGGCUGAGGCAGACAACAUUGGCUUGAUGAUGAUGUCAAAAGCUUGCUUCAAUCCUGAGGCUGCUGUGGGACUUUGGGCGCGCAUGCAAAAAGCAGAGCAGGAGGCACCACCCCAAUUUCUGUCAACACACCCUUCAAGCUACAACCGCAUGGAAGCAAUCCGUGGAUGGUAA